UCUCCAUCACAAAUCCAAACCUCCGCAACAAUAUUUAUUCCCUCCCUAUAAAUCCAAAAAAUAAAUAAAUAAAAAACAAAAUAUUAACAAAAAAUUUAAAGAAAAUGGCGAAGCGAGACUUCGAGCUGCCCGAGUCAGUGCUGGGGGUGCUGCCCGCUGACCCGUUCGAGCAGCUGGACGUGGCGCGAAAGAUCACCUCCAUCGCCCUCUCCUCCCGCGUCUCCGCCCUCGAGUCCGAGGCCGACUCCCUCCGCCGAAACCUCGCCCACAAGGACGAUUUAGUCGCCGAGCUGCGGGCUCAGGUUGACGGCCUCGACGCCUCGCUCGCCGACCUCUCCCGCGCCCUCGCGCAGGCCGACGAGGAGAAGGCGGCGCUGCUGAAUGAGAACGCGUCGCUGUCCAGCACGGUUAAGAAGCUCAAUCGAGACGUCUCCAAGUUGGAAGUUUUUAAGAAGACACUCAUGCAGUCACUUAAAGAGGAAGACGACGGCUCAGGAGCUCCAAAGAUGGUUCCGAGGCAGGCUGCAGACGCUAGUUUUUCAACUGGAUCAAACAUCGCAGAAGAAGAAGCUGCAAACCCAAGCAUAAACUCAACAUCUGCACAGAGCCGGUUAUCAGAAACUGGGAGUUCAGUUUCGGAGGAUAUCAGCAGUAAUGAUACGGAUAGAAUGCCUUAUGGACUUCGGAUAUCAUCACUCAGUACCACCCCGAGGUUUACUCCUCCUGGUUCUCCUCCAAGGCUUACUGCAGCACUAUCACCAACAAAGUUAUCGAAGCCAGUGUCUCCAAGACGUCAUUCUAUUGCUAUCGCAGGUGUGAGAAAUGUGGAUGGGAGGUCUUCGAUGUUCUCCUCUAUGCCACCGAGCCCUCACAGUUCGAUGACCUCUCCAUUUGAUUCAGGAUCGCAAACAGGUCAGUUUCUCAAUGUUAUGAUGUAUAUAAUCUUCACGGCGUGAAUAUUCACUUUUAAAUCAAGGGUUAAUUGCACCUAGCCCCACUAGAUAAAAUUUUGUAGCUGUUUUACCCUUGGUGAAAUUUAUCUUGGGUGAAAUUAGUGAGCCUGUCGGAGUCAAAAAAAAUUCACCCAGAGGGUUUAGCUCCCAAAACAAAACCGCGGGGUAGUAAUUUUGAAAUAUUGAUACUGCAAGGUGUCUAUCUGCAACUAACCCUUAAAUUAAUGUACCCAUGGAUAUUUGUAUCCCUUUCCUCUUGCUCAUGUUAUCAGAUCACAUGUUUGAAGUUUGAACAAAAAUGUAGAGAAAUUUUCAGUAACAGGCUUCUCUAUAUAGCCAUAAUUCUCUCGUUCUGUAGGGCAAAAAAAAAAAGAUAAUUAUCUCUUUCUGGCACUUUUAAAUGUGCCAUUCACUUAAAUUUCGAUUGGAUCUCUUUAGAAUGAUAAAUGAAAAACAUGCAACUAUGAGAAGCUUAAAUCUUGAAUUAUAGAGCAACAUUUCUGAUGAUACG